AUGGUUGACCAAGCCCGCCUGCAAGAACCCACCCCUUUGUUUAUCGCGCCGUAUUCCCCUGGUGCUGGCUAUAUAACGGAACUUCCUUCCAGCAAUGCUAUGAAUCAGACAGGUCAACAGAAAAAGGGUGUCGUUCUCGGACCCCCGCCCUCCAGUCGGAGAGGCGCGUCGUCUUUCUACUCUAAUGCCUCAUUUGUCUCUCCCAUCAUCGAAGAGAACCCGUAUUCGAGGUCUCACGGCUCAUAUGCCUCCAGUGCUGCGAUGCCUGAGAACUGGAACUCUGCUGCGGAGAACAACCGUAACAAGAAUGCGGAAACAUUUUAUGAAGAAUCUAUGACAGAUGUCAGCCCUGAGUCAGUCGACGGUGAUUUUGGUGAUGAAAGUCGGUUGGUGCAGCCGGUUGAGCUGGAUUCUGCCGCGAUUUCUGUCCUCGGCCCAAAUCAGCAACGCCCUGCCGAUGUGAAUCGGCUGCAAGGUAUGGGAGCCAAUGAUAAGAGGACGUCUUGGAAUGUCUUGGGCACUGCGAGACGAAUGUCAGAGCAGCCUUCGAGAAUGGUCGAGGGUCAGCCCGGCCAGGACGACAUUAUUCAUGCCUAUGCUGCGGCAAGUUCUGGUACUCCCACGGACUUUCGCAUGGGUCAGAGCGCGUCAGCAAAUAAUACUCGCAACUCGGCCAUGAAGCGAGGACUGCGCAUCGACAUGGAUGCGAGGGCCGUGGAGACACUCGAGGUGGCCGUCCGGGUUCUGGACUCUCUGACAUGCUCGCGGCAUUUCCACCUCCAGUCUCGACACCUCAAUUCAACAACGGACCGAACCGAUCUUCCUGGCUCGGACAAGGUGGUUGGCCGUUGA